UAUAUAUUUUUUUAAAUUUCAAACAUGUUUAAAUCGAUUCCUAUAAUUUCUAAUCAUAAGGACCUAAUACACGAUGUAGCUUUUGAUUACUAUGGGAAAAGAAUGGCAACUUGCUCAGGGGAUCAUACUAUAAACGUAUGGGAUCUGAAUAGUAAAAAUGAAUGGGAAUCUUUAGCAAGCUGGAAAGCACAUAAUGGGCCAAUAUGGAAAAUUUCUUGGGCACAUCCAGAGUUUGGUCAAGUUUUAGCAUCCUGUUCAUAUGAUAGAACAAUAAUUAUAUGGGAAGAAAUUUAUAAUGUCACCAAUUCAAAAUAUGCAUUAUCAAGUCCUGACAUUAAAAACAGUUAUAAAUGGAUCAAAAGAGCAAGUUUAGUUGAUUCAAGAUCUAGUGUCACUAGCAUUCAAUUUGCCCCUCAUUAUGACUUUACAUUCUUUUUUAAUCCAUAUAUAGAUAAAAAUAAUGAUAACACUAUUAGCAAAAUUAUUAAUAAUGUUAUGGAUAAUUAUUUGGGCUUUGGUCUUGCAUUAGUCUCAGCAUCUAGUGAUGGAAUUCUACGGUUUUAUGAAGCACCAGAUGUUACAAACCUUAGCCAAUGGUCUCUUACCAAUGAAAUAGUUUUAAGUAUUAAUGAACAAAGCAUCAAUAUUAAUUCUCCAGUUCUGAAUACAAAUCUUAGCACCAAUACAUUAAUUUACCCAAAUAAUAAAAAUUUGAAUUUAGAAAUAUCACUAUCCUUUAGUAAUUGUAGAAUCCUACCCCCAUUAUUAGCCGUUGGAUUGGAUAAUUCUCAUAACAUAAAUCAAAAUAUUAAUUUUCCGAACAAAGAUAUUUUUAAUGGUGAAGUGCAAAUUUACCAAAAUAUGGCAAAUGGAAAAAAAUGGAUAUUAGUUGACAAUCAUUUAGCUAUGAUUGCUCAGGGCAUCAAAGAUAUAAAAUUUGCACCAGAUAUGGGCAAAUCUCAUCACAUUUUGGCAGUGGCAACUUUAAGUGGUGUCCAUAUAUUUGCUCUUCAAACUCAAAUUGAAGAAAUUCAAAAUAAGGAAGAAGGAUUGGAUGCAUAUUUUGAAAAAAAUAAUAGCUUUCUGGAGACAAUAUCCACACCGAUGUCUACAUCUCCCAUCAAUAAAUACUUUAGGGUACACCAGAUGGCAUUUCUGAGCUCCCAAAAUCACAAUAUCUGGCGAGUGGCUUGGAAUUUAACAGGAAGUGUUUUAGCCUCAUCUGGGCACGAUGGUUUAGUUAGGCUUUGGAAAGCUGAUUAUGUUGGAAAAUGGAAAUGUUCAGCAAUAUUAAAGAAUGACGGUUUAUUUGUGCAUCUCAGCAGUCAAAACGUUUCAGAUCCAGAAAUAUGCAAGGAAACUAAUAGCAAUAAUCAGGCGAAAAUUGAAAAUGAUAUAUACGAUUUGAAACAGAUUCAGAAUAAAAUUUUAUCUCAGAAUUCUGCCUUAAACAAAAAUAUGAAUAAAAUUUAUAAAAAUGCUAAGAAAAUUGAUUCCCCGUCCCAAGUUGUUUGGCAUUGACAAAUAAUAUUACA